UACAUGCAGAUUAUCUUAACAUUUCAAACAUUAAUAACAAAAUAUUUUAGGACGUCAACGUGCAAUGAAGAGAAGGAGUCUUUAGAAGGAAAUAUUGUUAGAGCGGCCGCUUUGAUCCUCGACACUUCAUCAUGACAUCACCAUCGUCCUGUCAAUGGACGCGCGCACAAAACAAUCCCCAGGAUUGCUUGAAUCGCGCGGUCACACGCGCUCAAGGAGCAUUUGUCAUCAGUGAAGAAGAGACAGAACUGUAUCAAGUUGACAGAGAGGCAGAGUCAUCGCUUCUUCUACCUACUGAAGCUUUUACUUGCGUGUAAUCAUGGAUGCGUCCCUCUUUCAGUUCUUCAUAGAGGAAUUCGGCGACACUAACUGUACUCUUAUGGAUGCUUUUCAGGACACUUUAUAUGAGAAUUCGUCUUUCGCGUCGAUGAGUGUCGACGGUCUCUAUUGUAACGCCACCACGGAUGAAAUCGGAACUUGCUGGCCAAGAAGCAACUCUGGACGGAUAAUUGAGCGACCCUGUCCAGAGUACAUUAACGGCGUCAAAUACAACACCACUAGAAUUGCGUACAGAGAGUGUUUGGACAAUGGCACGUGGGCACUGAAAAGUAACUACUCCAACUGUGAGCCUAUUUUAGAGGAAAAGAGGAAGUACCCCAUGCACUACAAGAUAGCCCUCAUCAUCAACUACUUUGGUCACUGUAUAUCUGUUGGAGCUCUCGUUAUCGCCUUCAUUCUCUUUCUGUGCUUGAGGAGCAUCCGAUGCCUUCGCAACAUAAUCCACUGGAACUUAAUUACGACUUUCAUUCUGAGGAAUGUAAUGUGGUUUUUGCUUCAACUGAUUGACGAAAACAUUUAUGAGACGAAUGAGCCCUGGUGUCGUCUUAUAACAACAAUCUAUAAUUACUUUGUGGUGACCAAUUUUUUCUGGAUGUUUGUGGAGGGCUGCUAUCUUCACACGGCUAUUGUGAUGACAUAUUCCACAGACAAGCUUCGAAAAUGGGUCUUCCUCUUCAUUGGAUGGUGUAUACCGUGUCCGAUAAUUAUAGCGUGGGCCAUUGGAAAACUUUACAAUGAAAACGAACAAUGCUGGUUUGGGAAGGAACCUGGAAAGUACAUAGACUACAUUUAUCAGGGGCCUGUGAUUUUAGUUCUUCUUAUAAAUUUUGUGUUCCUUUUCAACAUUGUGCGCAUUUUAAUGACAAAGCUGAGGGCCUCUACCACAUCUGAAACAAUACAAUACAGGAAAGCGGUGAAGGCCACUCUAGUGCUUCUGCCUUUACUUGGUAUCACAUACAUGCUGUUCUUUGUGAACCCAGGCGAGGAUGACAUAUCUCAAAUUGUGUUUAUAUAUUUCAACUCAUUUCUACAGUCCUUUCAGGGAUUCUUUGUGUCGGUAUUUUACUGCUUUCUUAAUGGGGAGGUACGUUCUGCAGCCAGAAAGCGUUGGCAUCGCUGGCAGGACAAUCACGCACUGCGAGUCAGAGUGGCGAGAGCCAUGUCCAUCCCCACCUCCCCCACCCGCAUCAGCUUUCACAGCAUCAAGCAGACCACAGCCGUCUGA